CAUGGCUUCAAUCAACGAAUCUGCCCUUCAAACCCUCAAGGGCUCGCUCAAAAAUUCGACCAUAUACACACCCGAUUCAGAUGGUUACCAGGAUGCCAUCCGCCGAUGGUCCGACACGGGAAUUAAGCAGGCGGGCGUGGUAGCUCAGCCUACCGAAGCAGCAGACGUGCGCACAGCGCUCCUCUGGGCGCAGGAACACGGCGUAGAUCUCGCCGUCAAAGGAGGCGGGCACUCCGUGGCGGGAACUAGUUCCAGCGCCGGCGGCCUGGUGAUCGACCUGUCGCGCAUGAACACGGUCACCGUCGAUGUCGCUAACAAAACCGUUAGCGUUGGCGGCGGAGCCGUCUGGAAAGACGUUGACGAGAAAGCCGCCAAAUACGGCCUGGCAGCAGUCGGCGGCACGGUCAACCACACCGGCGUUGGCGGCCUGACGCUGGGUGGCGGCUACGGCUGGCUGAGCGGCGAACACGGCCUGACAAUCGACAAUCUCCUUGCAGCGACGGUGGUUCUCGCUGAUGGGACCACGGUGCGCGCGUCAGCCACCGAGCAUGAGGAUCUGUACUGGGCGUUGCGCGGGGCGGGAUACAACUUUGGCGUCGUCACCGAGUUCGUGUUCCAGGCACAUGACCAGCCCAACCCCAUCUGGGCGGGCAUCGUCGCGUUCCCGCCGGAGAAGCUCGAAGCUGUCAUUGAGUCCCUCAACGCCACGCUCCAGAAUCCGGACCCCCGAUCGGGCGCCAUGUGCAUCUUUGCUCAACCGCCCGGUGCCCCGGGCCCGAUGGUCAACGUACUGGCCUUCUACAACGGGACCCGCGAGGAGGGAGAGCGGCACUUUGCGCAACUUCUCUCCCUCGAGCCCGUUGUCAACACCAUCGACGUGAUCCCGUACGACCAGCUCAACUCGCUGCAGAACCCGAUGGCCACGUACGGCGGGCGGAAAUCGUUCAAGGGCGUGUACUUCCAGCCGCCGCUGGACACAAAGUUCAUCCGCGGGGUGUUCGAGGAGUUUUGCGCUCUGAACGCCGCUCAUGACGAUCUGGUUCCGGCUAUCUUGCUUGAGUUCUACGACAUGCGCAAGACGUGCAGUGUGCCGCUGGCGUCGACUGCCUUUGCUAACCGCAUGCCCUCGCUAAACGGACUGCUCAACCUGCGGUGGAACGACGAGAGCAAGGAUGGGUUCUACCGCGGCUGGGCCCGUGAGCUGCAGGCGAAGUUCAAGGCGCAGUUCGAUGCCCAGGUGGGGGCUGGCACGGGCGACGUGCCGCAGUAUAUUAACUACGCUGAACCGGGCGACGUGGUGGUGAACAAUAUCUACGGCGAGAAUCUUCCCCGUCUACAGAAGGUCAAGGCGCAGUACGAUCCUACCAAUGUCUUCAGCAAGAUGCACCCUAUUGUGAAGCGGGCUUGAUCGCCAGGGGCGCAACUUCGUU